CAGGUGUUCUUUCUAUGAUACGUGAGUGACACAUGAUCAAUGAGGCCAUGAAAGAUACCUACCUACUUACUAGUACAUACCUGCCUAGUUUGGUAGUUUGAUCUCACUGCCGUGUGCCGUACAGUUGGUUAUCCAAGGUGGGGAUGCCCAAUGCCCGAUCAAUAUAACCUGGCAGUUGGCACCAGCUGUCCAUUCAACGACGAUUUAAGCAUUCGGCUCCCCCUCAACACCACCACAACACAUCACCAGGCACCAUUAUUAUCACCACCACGACACUCAUCUCACUCGUUCAAAACACCACCACCCCCUCCUCUCUCUCUCUUUUUUUUCCCCUCCUUCCCUCUUUCUCUCCCUCCAACCUCCACACACCAACACACACCAAACACAUACAUACACGUACUAUGCCUCCCCUUCCCCAACCCCCCGCCCUCCCCCGCGUCAUCACGUACUACCAAACCCACCACACACCGUCGGGGAAGCCGAUAUCGGUGCUGCCGCUCCUCCAGCAGCCGGGGAUUGGCAUUACGCACGUCAUCCUGGCCGCGAUCCACAUCAACGAGGACCCGGCCGGGCUGACGCUCAACGACCACCCGCCGUCGGACCCGCGCUUCACCACCCUCUGGGCCGAGAUGCGCGUGCUCCAGGCCAGCGGCGUCAAGGUGCUCGGCAUGCUGGGCGGCGCGGCGCCGGGGACCUACGCCCGCCUCGACCUCAACGGCAACGGCAACGGCAACGGCAACGGCGGCGACGAUGACGGCGCGUUCGAGGCCUACUACCGGCCGCUGGCCGAGCUGAUCCGCGAGCGGGGGCUGGACGGGCUGGACCUGGACGUGGAGGAGCCCAUGUCGCUGGGCGGCAUCGUGCGGCUGAUCGACCGGCUGCGGGCCGACUUUGGGCCCGACUUCCUCAUCACGCUCGCGCCCGUCGCCUCGGCCCUGCUCGACCCGCUGCGCAACCUGAGCGGCUUCGACUACGAGGCGCUCGAGGUCCUGCGCGGGCGCGACAUCGCCUGGUACAAUGCCCAGUUCUACUGCGGCUGGGGCGACUGCAGCAACCCCGUCAUGUACGAGAUGCUGCUGGCCAAGGGCUGGCCUCCCGACAAGAUCGUCGUCGGCCUGCUGACCAAUCCCGACAACGGCUCCGGCUGGGUGCCCUGGAACCUCCUGUCCGGCGUGCUGCCCUUGCUGGCCGGGCGGCACCCCCGCUUCGGCGGCGUCAUGGGCUGGGAGUACUUCAACAGUCUGCCGGGGGGCAAAGAGAGGCCCUGGGAGUGGGCGCAGGCCAUGACUGCCCUGUUGAAGGGAAGACGCGCCGUUCAGAGCCUGGAGGGGUUGCAGGGGAGCGAGAAGCCGGCGGAGGAGAAAAAGACAUCCGAGGUUUCCCCCGAGGCGGAUCCAGAUGAGGAACAGCCAGGGGAAGCACCACCAGUACCUGCCGAAUUCGAGUACCAUUCGGAUGGGGGAGGGGAGGAGGAGUAGGGUCCCAAAUCUCUGCUUCCACCCACUCCCCGGGGGGGGGGGGGGGGUUUCCCCGUGGGUGUGAGUUUCCCCAUGGUCCUUAGCUCGCAGUGACGACCAGUGGUACAUACUCCUACUAUUAUUGCCUUCCGGCGGAGGCCAUGGGAGGGACAGCGACUGCGCGCAGAUCAUCUUCCGUCGUCCCAGGCACGACGAUUGAUUCUGCCUGCCCAGCGGUGUAGAUUCCGGUUGAAACACCGCUCCCACAUGGC